AUGCAAGAUGUGUUUUUGCGUUCGAAAUUUUCAAUCCAGAUCAAUUUCACAAUCAUUAGCAACAUCAUUACAGCCCAUACUAUACCGCACAACCCAACCGUCUACCAGGAGCUCAAGGUGAACGACGACGAACGGCUGUUUGCGUCCAACAUCGACUUCAAUGCGCCCACUGUGAUACAUUUCCAUGCGUUCAUGGAACUUCCUGCGGACGGUUCGGGCAUUGUGAUCAGGGAAGCGUACGUUCAACGCGGUGACACCAACGUGAUAAUGGUGGACGCUCAACGCUUAGAAGCUGGACCGUGGUACUUCACAGCGGCGGAGAACACCUGGUACAUCGGGCGCUUCGCGGCGCAGUUCAUUGACUAUCUGGUGUCCAGAGGUCUGAAGCUGUCAAACACGCAUUUAAUUGGCCACAGCCUCGGUGCCCAAGCAGCCGGUGUAGCUGGCGCUUCGUUAACAUCGGGUCGCGUGGCCAGAAUCACUGGCUUGGACCCGGCGCUCCCGCUCUUCAGUAAAGUACCGUUGGAGCAAAGACUCGACGCAUCGGACGCCGAAUUCGUUGACGUUAUACACACUGACGCUGGGAUAUUUGGAUUCCCAGGCACAAUAGGACAUGCUGACUUCUACCCCAACGGUGGAACGAGUCCACAGCCUGGAUGUAACCUGGAGGUGGUCUUCAAACAACAGUUGCUUCUCAACAAAUUCUUCUGCAGCCAUUGGCGAUCGUACCAGUACUACACGGAGUCUGUCAUCCGGCCGGCUUCUUUCGUGGCAACCUCCUGCCCAUCUUGGCACGAGUACAGAAGAGGCGACUGCGUAGACUCGCCGCAAGUUCAUAUGGGUUUCGGGAUCGACACAAAUGCUCGAGGCAAUUUCUACUUAAUGACGCAUCGGGACUCACCCUUCUCUAUACAAUAG